AGGAUAAGGUUAACACGGAAGAAAGUGUAUGUCUAUACACAAACUGUGUAACUGUACUGAGAACAUACAAAAUAUUACCAAUCUACACUUCAUUUGGAACAAUUUCACUUCUUUUAUCUUCAGCAAGGUCACUGUAGCGGUCUUGGUUUAUCAGUUUACAGCGAGCAACUUUUCCUGCUUCCCAUUUACUCCUAGAAGUUUUCACAAACUGAACGUCAAAUUUAUCCUGCAACUAUGGGUUCCGGAGUCUCCACCAUGCCUACCGGAAACACUCACAACCAGCUGAAGAUGAAGUACUCGUCUGAAGCAGAGUAUCCCGACCUGACCAAGCACAACAACCACAUGGCCAAAGUGCUCACCCCUGAUUUAUACGAGCGCCUGCGCAGUAAACAGACACCGAGUGGCUUCACGCUGGAUGAUGUGAUUCAGACUGGAGUCGAUAACCCAGGCCACCCCUUCAUUAUGACUGUGGGCUGUGUGGCGGGAGAUGAGGAGACCUAUGAGGUGUUUAAGGAGCUGCUGGACCCUGUUAUCAAGGACAGACAUGGUGGAUACAAACCCACUGAUAAACACAAAACCGACCUGAACCCAGCCAACCUCAAGGGUGGGGAUGAUCUGGAUCCCAACUACGUGCUGAGUUCUCGUGUGCGAACAGGCCGGAGCAUUCGUGGAUUUUGCCUGCCACCACACUGCAGUCGCGGCGAGAGGAGAGCUGUUGAAAAACUCUCUGUGGAAGCUUUAGGUGCCCUGAGUGGAGAUCUGAAAGGGAAAUACUAUGCUCUGAAAAAUAUGUCAGAAGCAGAACAGCAGCAGCUGAUUGAUGACCACUUCCUCUUUGACAAGCCUGUGUCUCCCCUGCUGUUGGCCUCUGGAAUGGCCCGUGAUUGGCCUGAUGCCAGGGGAAUAUGGCACAAUGACAACAAAACAUUCCUCGUGUGGGUGAAUGAGGAGGAUCACUUGCGUGUCAUCUCCAUGCAGAAAGGUGGCAACAUGAAAGAAGUGUUUACUCGUUUCUGCACAGGCCUCACCAAGAUUGAGGAGCUGUUCAAGAGUAAGGGACAUGAGUUCAUGUGGAACGAGCACCUGGGCUAUGUCCUCACCUGCCCGUCUAACCUGGGUACAGGGCUGCGUGGAGGUGUGCAUGUCAAACUCCCGAAUGUGAGCAAGCACAAAAAGUUUAAGGAGGUGCUCAAGAGAUUACGUCUGCAGAAGCGUGGAACAGGUGGCGUGGACACUGCUGCAGUGGACGGUGUGUUUGAUAUCUCUAAUGCUGACCGGCUGGGCUUCUCUGAGGUGGAGCUCGUUCAGAUGGUGGUAGAUGGAGUCAAGCUGCUGGUGGAGAUGGAGAAGCGAUUGGAGAAAGGCCAGGCCAUUGAUGACCUCAUACCUGAUCAAAAGUAACUCCAGCAACUAUCCUUCUACCUCACUCAUCCAAAAUUCCCCUCUUCAUUCCCCCCCACCACAUCCCACUCCUAUGAGAUUAAAUAAAAGGAUGUAUAUUAUAUUUAAGACGCCCUUAAUAUGGUGACAAAUGAAUUAAAUGCUCUGCCAGUUUA